ACAUUUUCUGACAGCACUUCAUUUUGACAUGUUUACGUUAUUUUUGUUGUUGUUGUUGACGGUGUUUUGAUUCAACAAAUUUUUUGGAAAAAAGACUUGGAAAGAGACCAAAAUGCCCAGGUCAUUAUCAAAAGAUAUCAGAGCGAAGACGUUUCUGCAAUUGGGAAGCAAGUACACCAGAGAAAAGGGUGGUUCAACGUCGCCGUAUGUAAAAUUGAGACGUUUCAAAAAUCUCUUCGAAGUUACACCGGAGGUGUGUUUGGUAAUUUGGAACAAGAUAUGUGAUAAACUGCCAGACGAUUUCAAGCCGAUCCACCUACUGUGGACCUUGGCGUUCCUGAAGCAUUACACAAAUGAGCGUGAGAGACAAACAACUUUCAAAGCUGACCAAAAAACGAUGAGAAAAUGGAUUUGGGUUGCUCUUGAUCUUCUGUCUGAUUUGGAUGUGAUUGUCUGGGAAAACCGAAAACAAAAAUCAGUUGGCGGACAAACAGCAUUUUGCUCACUAGAUUCCAUUGACCUCAAAAUAAGAGACCAAAACCCGUCCAGCCCAAAAUGGUACAGCCACAAACUCAAAGCACCCGGACUGCGAUACGAAAUCGGUAUCAGCAUUCAAACCGGUCACAUUGUCUGGAAAAAUACGGGAUAUCCGUGCGGUGACUCGUCUGAGACUGCACUUGCACGCGAAUCAUACACCCUCUGUGUCGAGCCCGGCGAAAAAACGUUCGCGAAAAAGUCAUAUCGCAACGAACAGUUUUUCAUUUUACCGAAUCCAAACAAUAAAACCGAACAUGAACGCAUUAUGGCUCGCCACCUCGAACUUACUCAACGACUAAAGCGAUUCGCAUCGUUGAAGCAACCCUUCCGCCACGAUCUCGAAAAGCACACCACUGUUUUCAAUGCUGUGAUUAAUGUCAUCCAGCUGAUGCUGGAAAAUGGGGAUCCCCUCCGUGAUGUGGAUUACUCUACACAAUUGGAGAAACCGGAAAACGGUCACCCGUCAGCAGAAGAAGUGUUGAUUAAGACUGAGCCAGCAGAUGACAUCCAAUCCACUGAUCCCCUUGACACGAAUUAUGACGCCAGCAUUUGUAGUAUAAAGAUCGAACCAGUUAAUCAAGUACAUUCAGAAUGCAUCAAGUCAGAAAUUACGCUCUGCGAUUAUGAAUGCAUCCCUUCAACGGGUUUGUGUUCGCUAACACAACAGAACAAUAUCAACCAAACGUUUGGUUGAGAUGCACAGACACAUUAUCCAAACGGCAACGUCUCCUCUUGCUCACAUUUUACCAUCAUUCGGGUUCAUUAAAUUGUCGUUUAAUUUUGUCAUUUAGUGGAAUUUGCAUUUUUGACGGAGAAAAUCCGUACACCCCUGAUACAUGUGUGGUUCGAUUCAUUCAGCCAGAUCCACGUAAGUUCUCACAAACCCAAAAUGUUUUUCAUUCGACAACUAUGUGAGGCAGAUGACAUUCGUAAACAACAUUUUUGUAGUGGAGCACACAAAGAAGCCAGAGCUGCUGGAAACUGAAAUCAAAUUUGAUCAGAAUUGAAUGAGUGAUAAAAUGUCCAUUUGGCGUUGAUGUAAUUACAAAAAAUGUUUACCGAA